AUGACCUCCAUCACUGCUGCAGGUGCACCAGCACUCCGUCUCGACACCGCCCUCCAACCAGAGCCCGCUGCUACCCAAGAGUCCUCAAGCCAGAGUCCCGAGGACGCAAACUCCACAGCACUCGAGGUGGACGCCUCCUGGCAGGACCAGCCCGUGCGCCUUCCUACCUACGUCCCCUCUGACGCUGACAAGGACAGCAUCCGUGGCGACUCCCCUCCUACAACCCCCGUUGACGACCCUAUCUACCUCUCUGGAUCCAAGAAGCACUUUGGUUUCUCCGCCCGCCAGAGUGUGGCUUCCUCAAUCUUCCCCUGGCAAAAGCACAAGCCUGCGGUCUGCCACCAGUAUGCCCCUCACCGCCCUCCACUGAGCAAGAGGUCCAGUCUUGCGGGUCUUAAGGUCCUUCCGGCGAUGCGUCCUGAGGCUGUCAAGUCCCUGGAUGACGAGGAAAUCGAUCUCUUGACAUUGAAGGAUGAUCAGCUGGCAAAGCGCACACUGGAGCUCCUUCAUCUUCUGGAAGUACACGACUGGGCAGAGGUCACCGAUCAUCGUUCCUUGACCCUCUUCCGUAUCAGCGGAGCUAUGACCAACUGUAUCUUCCUAGUCUCAGGACCCCCUAGCACCAUCCCCGCCAACACAGUCGACAACCCCACCGACGAGCCUAUCCUCAAUGCCCAGCCCCGCAAGGUCUUGCUCAGAGUCUAUGGUAUCGGCCUCGAGUCGCUCAUUUCCCGUAACGACGAGCUCAAAUGGCUGCAGAACCUGUCAACAAUGCAGAUUGGACCCUCGCUGCUGGGAAUCUUUAAGAACGGACGCUUUGAGGAGUAUGUUGAGUCGACCACAUUGACCAAGGAUGAUAUUCGCCACCCAAGGACCUCUCGCCAUAUUGCUCACCGUAUGUGCGAGCUCCACAACAUUGUCAACGUCUUUCCUCCACCCGAGAACUGCAUCCCCCAAACUCAGGAGAACAUUGCUCGCUGGAUUCCAUUGGCCAAGGAUGCUAUCGAGAAGAUCUGCGCCAAGGACCCCUCCAAGCGUGCUGUCGUUGACGAGUUUGACUUCGAAAAGUUCCUUGUCGAGGUCGACGAGGUCCACCGCGACUUGACUUCUGUCCACUCCCCCGUUGUCUUUGCACACAAUGAUACGCAAUACGGAAACAUUCUGAAGACGCUGGAUGAUAGCGGAGAGUUGGUGGUCAUUGAUUUCGAGUACGCAGGAUACAACACUCGUGGAUUUGAUAUCGGAAACCACUUCUGUGAGUGGACUGCCGACUACCACUCGGACAUCCCCUCGGUCCUCCACCCCGACAAGUACCCCACCAAGGAGGAGCAGCUCAACUUUUUGGAGGCGUACAUGGAGGCCGAGAUUGCGCUCUGCGGAUACCAUCUGACGGCGAUCAACUUGAGCAAGUAUGCCAAGAAGCGGAGAAGCUUUACCAGCGCCCUUGCCAGCGGAUUGUCCAAGGCUACCCUCUCGGCCCUCCAGGCCACCUCUGCCGUUCUCAAAAAGCGGUCGUCCUCUGAGGCUGCACGUGAGGAGGCACCCAAGGACAACAACACGACCUUUGUUACGACCAAUGGAGCAGGGUCAGUGGUACCUGUCCAACAACAGAAGGGCAAUAGUGCAGCUGAGAACGCAAAGCCUCAUCCCAGGAAGACGCAUAAGGAUGGUGACGAUGGCAGUGGAGGAGUUUCCAAGGCUGAGAUUCUGGACAGCAUGUACAAGGAGGUCAACAAGUUUGCAUUGACGUCCCAUAUCAUGUGGGGUCUCUGGGGACUGAUCCAGGCGUCGCAGAGUGAGAUUGAUUUCGAUUACUUUGAAUACUCGUUCCAGCGUCUGAACGAGUUCAGGCGGCGUCGUCCUGAGUUCAUGUCCUUGUGA